AUGUGGUUGAAAUCUCUUGUGAUAUUUUUUGUAAUCAUUCGGUCAGUGGUGUUAAGUUCCUAUGUGGAUCCAGAGGAGAUCAUCGUGCGGAGGGCCAUCCAGAAAUGCACAGAAUCUCCGUCCAGAUUUUCCUGUUUCGCAGACAAAGCCGCCAGCGUAUUAGAAAACUACAUAAACUCCAAUGUGACCCUUUUUGACGGCAUCAAGCUGCAGAGAAACGGGGAGCCUCUGAACAACCUCAGCGAUUCCAGAUCUCUAUCCCCUUUAGCGAGAUUCACCACCACCCUGUACAACUUCCUAGACACCCACACCGUCUCCUUAGACUUGACAGACGAAGGGAGAUCUAAAAAGAAGAAAGACAACGAUGAGGAAUUAGACAAAGCUACCGGCGGUGGAGGCGGAGGUGGUGGCAGUUUACUGGGUGGUUUGAGCGGUUUUGGAGGUUCAGGAGGCGGCGGUUCUGGAGGCGGAGGUUCAAAAGGAGGCAUGAUGAGCGAGGUGAAAUACGCGAAGUACGCCUUCAUGGUUCUACUUGGGAUUUUCGGCUUGACCGGACCGAUUUUCAUGAAAACCAUGGCGGUUAUCGCAGCCAAAGCGUUGAUAGCGAGUAAGGCAGCUCUGAUCAUCGUUGGUUCGGUCGCUCUGAAGAAAAUAUUCCAGAAGGAACACGAGAAGCCUGUUGUUAAGGUGCAUACGAUCCAUGAAGAUGAGCACGAGGAUGAACACGAUAGGGUUUACCAAAAUCAGAUACCCUACAGCUAUUACGCUGAUUACCAUAAACCGGCGUAA